GCCCAUAAGGAUGACCUCGAUUUGCUCUUUCUGAUAGUUACGGGUGCUGGCCAACUGCGUAGCGUUACUGGCCUCCAGACUUGUCUUAGAAACCACCUAGCCUCCUUGGCCGAGUCAGCACCAGUCGCUUGGCACCGGCGUCUCUUUCUACACUAUGUCUUUUUGGUGUCGCAACGAUAUCAUGUUCAACAUGCUUCCAUUCAGUUAUCACAACUAUCAUAUCAGCAAAGUGACGAUCAGGAGCUAAUGGAUUCAAUCACGAAUGUUCCACUUGGGAGGUCUUCACCUCAGAAGACCUCAGAACAGUCCUUUUUACCUUUGGCGGAAGCCGAUGAUGGAGCUGUAGAGCCGGUCUGA